CACACACACCUGCCACCACACCUGCUUGACCAGCAGCAGUCGUUGGGUGUAGCUCUCCUGGCGAGGUCUCGCUCUCUCUCUCCACAAGGAAGCCGGCGGCUUGCCAAACAAAAAAAAACCUGUUCCUGAGGAUUUUUCAACUCAGUGAUUAGUUCCUUUGUGCAUUAAAGAAGAGAAGCAGUGGUCGCCAGCCGAGACGAUGGGGAACAACUCAAGCCUCCCACACCACGACCUUAAGGAUAUCCAGGCGGAGACACAGUUUCUGACGGGAGAGAUCAAAGAGCUGUACAGCCGCUUCACCAGCUUGGACACCGGUAACAAAGGAUGGUUGUGUCGUGAAGACUUGCUCUGUAUUCCUGAACUGUCAAACAACCUUCUUUGUGAGCGCAUCGUUCACGCUAUCUUCAAGGAAAGUGAAAAUGAACAGUUGAACUUCCGUCAGUUUGUGCAUAGCAUGGCUCGCUUCCGCAGGAUAAAAAACAGCAAGGAAAACAAGCUGAAUAAUCGGAUCGAGAAGCUACGAUUUGUGUUCAGAGUAUAUGAUCUUGAUGAUGAUAACCACAUCUCCUUGGGGGAGCUUCGGGAAGCGCUCCAUGCUAUGGUCGGGGAAAAUAUCAGCGAAGAGCAACUCAACAAUAUUGCUGAACGGACCAUUAAUGACGCUGAUCUUGAUGGUGACAAGAUGAUAAGCUUCGAUGAGUUUUGUGCUUCUUUGGAACGUACAGAAUUUGAAGAACUGAUGACCAUAGUGUUCCUUAGGUAAUCAAAUCUUUUUUUAAGAAACUUAAAGGUUGCUUAACAUUUUUUUCCAUUUGUUUUUAAUGAAGCCUACAUAUAUUUGUUGAUUAAGGUAAAGCUUCUUAACUAAUUUUUACUAUUUUUUUUAAAUUUUAACAAAGCACUCUUUUGAAAGUAAAUAAGUUGAAUAUUUUUAACAUUAGUUACAAAUGUACCGGUACAGUAUCAAAGAUGUCAUUAUAUAUAUAUAUUAUACUUACGUUUUGCUGAAUUUAUAUAUAAUAGAAAUAUAGAAAUAAAUAUGUUAAACAUA